CAUUGUUUUGUUGUAUUCUUUUAAUGUUGAAUAAGUUUAUAUGAUUACUAUUACUACUUUUUCCCCUAUGUUUUUUAGUAUAGAAAGAUAGACCUUAUAAUUUGUAUUCGAAAUAUUUUUGUCCGAAAUUGUAAGACUCGUUGGAAAAAUGAGGACUUCGAAGUCACGUGUAACGUACUAAGAGAUCAUCGAAUGAUUAUCUAUUGACUAUUUCGAUGAUACGUUUGUGGUUACAAGACAAAUAAAAAUGACUGAUUUGUGGUUAGGUGUUAUCAAAGCAUAAAUUAUACUGUGUUAAAAUAAAGAAAUUUAUUCGAAUAAAUGAACGCAACAAGAUUAUUAUCUACUGUCUCUAUAACAAGUGUUACUCGUAAUAUUCAUAUCAUACUGUCUCGUCAGGAACAAAAGGUAAACUCGAAUCUUUUGACUGAUACGAGUACAUCUUUUGGAUUAUCGUAUUAUGUAAGAAUUUGACAUUAGAAGAAGGUUAAGUGUAACUGGUAAUGGCUUUUUAGAUCUUUCACAUGCUCGAGUUGCCCCUGCAACACUCACUUUUCGGAUAUCAUUGCAAAAGUGCAUCAGUUCCAGAAAUACUAUUUUCAACAUACUCAAACAUAAUUGAAUCCAUGGUUAAUCCAAUGACACAUCAAGAAUUUAAGAAAAAUAUUAUGGAACCUCUUUUGGAGACUUGUUAUACUGCAAAUAGUAAUUCAGCAACCUGUGAUAUACCGUAUAAUAUUUCUAAUACAAAGGUGGUAAGUCAUAGAGGCACUGACACAAUGGCAAAUGAAAUGGCUAUUAAUUCAUGUAUGGAACAUACAUCUUUACAACAAAGAACUAUUAUCGAUAAGCAAAAUUAUAAUACGAUAAGGAAAUGGAAGAGAUUGGGAAAAGGGAAACUACAGGUAGAUGGAGAUGAUGCAUUUGUGUUUAGAAUAUUGUCUUUCAAUAUUCUUGCACAAAAUCUUUUAGAAGCUCAUCCAUAUUUAUAUAUGCAACAUGAUAGAGAAGCAUUAUCUUGGGAUAUACGAAAGCCCCUUUUGUUACAAGAAAUACUUGAAGCACAGGCUGAUGUUAUAUGUCUCCAAGAGAUGCAGGAAAAAUAUUUAAAUGAAUUUUUAAAACCUUUUAAAGAACUUGGAUAUAAAUAUCUUUACAAGAAACGGACUAAUGAUAAAGAGGAUGGCUUACUAUUGUUGUAUCAUUCUGAUCAAUUCAAUUUGGUAGAUUACAUGAAAGUAGAAUUUUAUCAACCAGGCAUAGAACUCCUUAACAGAGACAAUGUUGGGAUAGUUGCAAAAUUAUCAUUUCGUGACAGUCCAAAUACGCAGAUUGUUGUAGCUACUACCCACUUGCUUUUUAAUCCAAGACGAAAUGAUAUAAGAUUAGCACAAACUCAACUACUACUUACAGAAAUAGAAAAAAUUGCAUUUAUUGAAAAUACAGCAUUGGGCCCUAAAUAUCUACCUAUUAUUUUUUCGGGUGAUUUUAAUUUGAAGCCUUAUACAGGCGUUUAUAAAUUUAUAACUGAGGGAUCUUUUGAAUAUUAUGGUAAAGGCAAAAAUCUGGAACCUACUGAAUUUCGUGCUUUAUCUUAUUUAUUAAUACCUCCACUAUUACAUAUUACGGAUAACUGUCAAUAUUUUCAUCUCUUAAUAAAAAGAUUAAAAGAAAAUAUUACUGGAGAUGCAGAGAAAAAGGACACUAAAUAUGCUGAUAAACAAGAUACAUCAUAUGGCGUAGCUGUAUUUAAACAAACUGAAUUUGAUACAAAGAAAAUUGAACCUCAACUUAUUGAAAUAACGCAAAAUAAUUAUGUCAAAUUUUCAUCUGGCAGAUUAACACAUCCUUUUAAUUUGCAUAGUGUUUAUAAACAUACAAACAAACAUGGAAAAAAAGAAGUAACAACUAAUCAAGGGGAAUGGAUUACAGUUGAUUAUAUAUUUUAUAGUGAUCUUGAACCAAUAGAUAUAUACACCUUGCCAACUGUGGAAAAAUGUAAAGAUUUACCUACUAUACCUAACUUUGCUGUUGGAAGUGAUCAUUUAUGCUUAGGGGCUAGUUUUAAGAUAUUGAAGAAAAAAUAAUAAAAAUACAGGUAAACAAAUACUUUUUUGUUGAAGUUAUUAUAAAUAAAAGAGGAUCUAUAUUUUGAAUAAAC